GUGCUAUGUGAUAAUUGAGGUUUUAGCUGAAUGAAAAACAAUGACUAAAUAAUGAUAAUAAUGCCACUCCCAUUGCAUUCCUUAAGGAAUUAAGUGAAGAAAUAGGUAUCUGUUGGUAAACACAAUUGACAUGAGAUUUUCUAGCAGGUGAAACCAAAGACAUAACAAGAUCUAAAUGGAAAAUUAUUUAAAACAAUUAUAAGUUUGGUGAAACUUAAUUCUCUCCUAAUCCUUGAUCAUUCUUUUCGCUUUUUUGCACUUUCUUAAUGCUUAAUUAAUCCCAUAAUUUCUCUACUUAAACCCCAACAUUAAACUUCUCUAGAUCACCCAUUAGUUUGUUCAUUGUUGCAGUAUUUUGUAGCAAAUUAUUCGAAUGGCGGGAAGCAUCGACAUGAAUAUACACUCGGUUGAAUCAAACGGCAUCAAAGAUCAGAGCUUUCAAAAACCGGGAGUCGAUUCAAGAGGACUUAUUAUCCCCUCAAAGAUACCAAAAGCUAUGCACUUGAUUGUCCCACCGGCUAAUGGAGAGCCCACCCGAAGGCCCCGUGGCAGGCCUGCUGGGUCGAAGAACAAGCCCAAACCGCCCAUUAUCAUCACAAGGGAGAGCCCAAACACACUAAGUGCCCAUGCCAUGGAGGUGAGCUCGGGAUGUGAUGUAAACGAAAGCUUGAUCACAUUUGCGAGGAAGAAGCAAAAAGGAGUGUCCAUACUCAGUUGUACAGGAUAUGUAACCAAUGUCACUCUAAGGCACCCGACCUCCUCAGGCCCGAAUGCCAUUGUGACUCUUCAUGGUCGAUUCGAGAUUCUGUCUCUCCUCGGAUCAAUUCUUCCACCACCAGGAGUUACGGGACUUACACUUUACUUGGCGGGCCCUCAGGGACAGGUUGUCGGUGGGGGAGUGGUUGGUGCCCUCAUUGCCUCUGGUCCUGUGGUUAUUAUGGCUGCUACUUUUAUGAAUGCUUCUUUUGAUCGUUUACCGAUUUGUGAGGAGGAUAAUGAAGCUGCAGCUCAGAACCAAUGUUACCCGAAUAAUCGUCGUCAUCACUACCAACAUCUCGAUGUAUCUGACAUAUGUGGCGUUCCCCAGAAUUAUAUAGCCAAUGGAAGGGCUUUGAAUCCUGAAGUUUACUCCUGGGCAUCUGGAAGAACAUUGGCAAAGACCUGAAGCUGGAAAUAGAAGGUUUACUACUUCACAUGUCAUUGGUUUCAGAUCUUUUACUAGGAAGAGUCUAUUCCAAGAAGUUUAUGACUUAAUUAUAACUUUAUCCCUGAUGUAAUGAUUCAACAUUUUCAGAGAUGGCAUAAUUAUUGAGAUUAAAUUUUGCAGCUGUUUUUUAUAAUUCAACAAUUCUUGCACAAUCCACAUUCAAAAUAAGGGACAAACAAAAUCCACAUAAAAAAUUCUUGUAUGAGAUGGUCUCACCGUGAGACAUGCCUCAUACUUGGGUUAAAAAGCCCAAUAAUAGAAACUUUUAGCUUAUGGGCUUAUUGUUUUGAGGUUGUUUCACCGU